GUACGUAUACACUUCACCCACAACACCGCGGCAGAUGUGAGAUGCACUGGACACAUCCUCCUAGUCAUUCGAUGGCGCCAAGUCUCUCUGACCCAACAGACAAACAUACGGUAGUCUCCGACCACAAACGCCACCAAAGUCUCGGCAGACCGACAGAAAAAGCUGACUGACUAUCAGUCAGACAUCCCAUGAGUACGACAGCUCUUAGACGAAAAAGAGCGACACGAGACUAGCUACUAGAUUGCACCGGCAGGCAUGAAGUGUGACAUGCCGCAGUGCAGCAUCCACUGCGGCAAGGUGGUGUCUUCCGUCAGCUUGACCUGCGGUACCUUGUGCCCCGACUGCCACUCGACGGGUGCGAUGGGCCUCUCCACCGCCAUACCCUCACUGUCCUUGCGGCCGCUCCAUGUCCUGUUGAUUGAUGCCAACCAACCAACCAACCAGCCACACACAGUGACGAUGGAAUGGUGGCAUGCACGAGAUAUACAGCUUGUGUGUCUGCCCACCCGCUAGGAAGAAGCGUGCCUUUGACGGCCUUGUCGUUCCGCCACUCGCCAGAGAACCACAGGACACGAUCGCCAUCCCAGUGUGUGAAGUACGCCUUGCCGCCACCGUGGCGGAGGCCGUCCUGCCACUCGCCACUGUAGACGAGCUGCCCAUUGGAGUUGGACUCCUCGCCGUGGCCGUGCCGCUUGCCACGCGUCCACUCGCCGCUGUAGAUGACGGCGUCGCCGUACUGGCUAUCGAACUCCUGACCCUCGCCAUGCCGCUGGCCAUGUUGCCAUCCGCCCUCAUAAACCUUGACCAUCGUUUCGCCAUUGGAGGCGAACUCCGUCCCCUGCCCGUCGCGCUUGCCGUCCAGAAAGUCACCCUGACAGACACAGACAGAUAGACGCACAUACAUCCACACACAGGCAGACGCAUUUGCUUGUGUCCUUCGCUCCCCUGACUGCCUUUCGUUGCACCCCGUGCACCGCUGACUGACCUCGUAGAUCAGCUGGUCCUUCGUAGCCCACUCGUCAAUCAUCUUGAUGUGGCUGAACUCCUGCCCUUUGCCGUGAUAGUGGCCGUCCUUCCACUGCCCUUCGUAGAGCUUGGUCUCGCCGUCCGUCGCAUACAGCACCCCCAUCCCGUUGGGCAGCUCAUUGACCAGUGUGCCGUGGUAGAGCCCACCCUCAUGGACGAUCUCCCGCGGAGUGGGGACAUGCUGACUCGGAGCAUGAGCAGCGCGUGCGCGGAGCUCUCUGAGCUCGUCCUCAGCCCGUUCACACCGGCGCUUCCAGUCGUCGCGCUGUCUUUCCAGGUCCGCGACUCGCUCAUUGUAGGCGUCCCUCUGCCUGUCCGCUGAGCAGCGAAGCUCAUUCAACAUGUCCCGCAGAACAUCGUCGGAGAUGGUGUGGCAGGAAGGCGGAUUCUCGGACAUCGAAAGUCCUGCGCGCAACAAAACAGCUGAAACACACACGCACCAGCUUGUGGCAGCGUACGCUACGCACCUUGAUGAUUCGUCGCGACUCAGAGAGGACAGCCGCUGAGCAAAGAUCUGUGCUGCUG